UUCCGGAUCGUAUUCCUCUGGUCUGCUGUAGUUAUGUUUUUACUUGUUUUGUAGUUUGUGCUUUGGAAUUAUUCUGACCCAUCUAGAGUCAUAAAUCAAAACCUUAUACACUUUUCUUUGCAAAGGAGUUUAGGUCAGCGGCCGACAUCCCGAGGUGUGAGACGCGUGUUCAGAUGACAAUAUUGAUGAUCCAGUCGGAAAGCUGAAAAAUUGCUUUGGCCAUGGAGAAGAUGGCGCGGGUGACCACGGCUCUGGGCAGCACCACUAUCACCGGGCGCACCAUGUUCUGCCACCUGGACGCCCCCGCCAACGCCAUCAGCGUGUGCCGUGACGCCGCGCAGGUGGUGGUGGCCGGCCGCAACAUCUUCAAGAUCUACGCGGUGGAGGAGGAGCAGUUCGUGGAGAAGCUGAACCUGCGCGUCGGCCGCAAGCCCUCGCUCAACUUCAGCUGCGCCGACGUCAUGUGGCACCAGAUGGACGAGAACCUGCUGGCCACCGCCGCCACCAACGGGGCCGUGGUCACCUGGAACCUGGGCCGGCCCUCCCGGAACAAGCAGGACCAGCUCUUCACCGAGCACAAGCGCACCGUCAACAAGGUCUGCUUCCACCCCACCGAGGUCUACAUGCUGCUCAGCGGCUCCCAGGAUGGCUACAUGAAGUGUUUCGACCUGCGCAAGAAGGAGUCCGUCAGCACUUUCUCAGGGCAGUCGGAAAGUGUGAGGGAUGUCCAGUUCAGCAUUCGGGACUAUUUCACUUUCGCUGCAUCUUUUGAAAACGGGAACGUCCAGCUGUGGGACAUCCGAAGGCCUGACCGCUACGAGCGGAUGUUUACCGCUCACACCGGGCCCGUGUUCUGCUGCGACUGGCACCCGGAAGACAGGGGCUGGCUGGCGACCGGGGGCCGUGACAAGAUGGUGAAGGUCUGGGACAUGACCACAAACCGGGCCAAGGAGAUCUACUGCGUCCAGACCAUCGCUUCGGUGGCGCGCGUGAAGUGGCGGCCCGAGCGCAAGUACCACUUGGCCACCUGUUCCAUGAUGGUGGAUCACAACAUCUACGUGUGGGACGUGCGCCGGCCCUUCAUCCCCUUCGCCACCUUCGAGGAGCACAAGGACGUCACCACGGGGAUCGUGUGGCGCCACCUCCACGACCCCUGCUUCCUGCUCUCGGGCUCCAAGGACAGCACCCUCUACCAGCACAUGUUCCAGGAUGCCAGCCGGCCGGUGAACAAGGCCAACCCGGAGGGCCUGUGUUUCGGCUUGUUUGGCGACCUGGCCUUCGCCGCCAAGGAGAGCCUGAUCAGCGGCGACUCGAACCGCAAGCCCUUCGCCGGCGGCGACCGCCGCUACCCCAUCUUCUUCUUCAAGAAGCCGGACCUCACCGAGCAGUUCGCCCACGUCUCAAGCGCCCUGACCGUUUUCGAGACGGACCUGGACAGCAGCUGCAUGGACUGGUUCGUGAAGACGGCCAAGCUCUACCUGCUGAGCGGGAAGCCCUUCGGGGAGCUGUGUGACCACAACGCCAAGGUGGCCAAGGAGCUGAAGCGACCUCAGGUUUCUACCACGUGGGCGAUGUUAAGGAUUAUGUUUUCUGAUCCAGGAAACCCCACUGCUUCAGCUCUGAAUCAUAACAUGAGCAAACUGGGCGCCUUACCAUUAAUGAACAGCUUCAACAUCAAGGAGAUCGCAGGCGGCCUGGGGAGCGAAAGCAGGCUGGAUCGCAGCAAGGGAGACAUCCGGCAGGACAACAUCCACAUGGAGUCGGGAAACUCCCUGAUCAAUAACAAUGAAGAGAACGAGGAGACAGAGGGAAGCGAGGGCCCGACCGACUAUCUGUUCGGGGACGCGGAGCUGGACGAUGACGAUCUGUACUCCAUGGAGCACGACAAUCAGGCCGCGGAGGAGCCGGAGUACGUCCUGCCCCAGGAGGCCUUCCCGCUGCGGCACGAGAUCGUGGACCACCCCUCGGCCCCGGAGCACCUGCAGGACAAGGCGGACUCGCCGCACGCGAGCGGGAACGAGGCGGAGAGCGCCUGCCUGACGCCGAUCGAGUCCUUCUCCCUCAUCUCCGUCUCCCAGUCGCUCGUCCCCGGCCACCUGCUGCCGAGCUUCUUCAGCCCCGUGGUGCGCGAGAUGCUGCAGUACUACGCCGAGCAGGGCGACGUGCAGAUGGCCGUGUCCGUGCUCAUCGUCCUGGGCGACCGCAUCCGCAAGGAGAUCGAUGAGCUCACGCAGGAGCACUGGUACGCCUCCUACAUCGACCUGCUGCAGCGCUUCGAGCUGUGGAACGUCGCCAACGAGGUGAUCAAGCUCAGCACCUGCAGCGCCAUCAGCUGCCUGAACCAGGCCUCCACUACACUGCACAUCAACUGCAGCAACUGCAAACGGCCCAUGAGCAGCAAGGGCUGGAUCUGCGACAGGUGCCAUCAGUGUGCCAGCAUCUGUGCCGUGUGCCACCAUGUAGUGAAGGGGCUGUUUGUGUGGUGCCAGGGCUGCAGUCAUGGAGGACAUUUGGAGCACAUCAUGAACUGGCUGAAAAGCAGCUCCCAUUGCCCAGCUGGCUGUGGGCACCUGUGUGAAUACACCUGACGAGGUGGGGUGGGGGGCUCAUUCAUGUCCGACCCGUCUCCUGAAGGAACAUGCCAGGCUCCUCUGGGGAAGAACUAUAUUGGGUGCGGAAAAGGAGGACGCUGGCCGUGUUCCUGUUCAGGCAAGACGAUUUUAAGAUCCACGUACUGUAAAUCUCAAAAGAACAUUUUCUUUAUCGGAUGUGCCCUGCUAGAAAGCCUGCGGGAAAUGGGACAAGCCGGAAGAGCUGUUUUUAUUUUUCCUUACACUAAAACAAAAUCAAGAAGGAACGCAGUAAAAAGGGGGUUGAGUUUGGGCUUUGCAUAAGUCAGGACACUUGACUUUGGCUCUCCAGCUCUGCUCCUUGAGGGCAGCAGUCCAGCAAGCCCUCCUGUAGCCAUCUGUUCUGUACAGGAGAAUUAAACUGGUCCAAUUAAGCCUUGACUGAGUUAACUUAAUCCUUUUCCUGAACUCUUGCAUUGUUAACAGCAUAAAGAGACCUACAUAAGCUGCUGGACUGUUUUUAUGAGUAGCAUUAAAAGGUCAAUGAGCAGACAUCUGCAAAGCAAGUUGACUUCCGCUGAUUAAACAGCUGAUCGGUUAAGUUAAUAAUAAAACCUCACACAUCUCUCUCCAGGAUCAGGGCCGGAGGACAACUCUGCUUUAAAAGGAAUUAAGGUGUUUUUUUUUUAUUAUUAAGACCACAUAAUCUAAGUGCGGUUUGGAGCCAAUUUGCAACUGUGUUGUAAAAGUUUAUGCAAUUCUUUUAUCUAAGGAUUUAACACAAUUUAAUGCAGACAUCUACCAGAAGUGCCACACUUAUACCUUAUUUUUAAUGACAAAAAAGCAAGUUCUGUAGUAUAAUUUAUUUUUUCUGUUGGCAAAUGUUGUUUGUGUAUUUUUUGGUUGGUUUUAUAUUUAUUUGUAAGUCAAAUACCAUAAUAUAGAAACGGUGACAGGCUAAUUGCUGCCUCUAAAAAUGGUUUCUGGAUUCAUUUGUUUACACAUGAUGCUUGAAGCAUUAGGCCACUACAGGGGCUUUUGACUUUUUUCCAGUUUUUUAAUUGUCUGUAUAAAGUCAUGAAAAGUAUGCAGUCUAAUUUUAAACCUAGUUUAUCAUCUUCACCUGUGCAAUGCUACCUCACACGUUUGUGGCUCUAGUGAAUCGGAAAAACUGCUGUUUGGUGUCCUGAAUUCUCCAGCAGUUCUCUAACGCUCUUGCUUCCUAUCAGUGGGGCAAAAAAUAAGUUCUGCUCUUAGAAGUCUUUUCUUUGUAGUGCCGUGUGUCAUUGGUCUCAAAUGUGCCAGGUACUCACCUUGCCUUGUCAAGUGAAUGCUGUGUUUUGUAAAAACAAAACUGGAAUGGUCAAAGUAGAAAGUAUCUUUAUGCAUAUUUAAACUCUCAGUGGUGUUGUUGGUGCAAAAAAAAAAAAUCAAGUCCAAUUUUUUGGAAGGUAUAGUACAGCAUGCAAUUAAACCAAAACUUACUCUGCAAACAGAUUGGGGACAUAGCUAUGUAAUACUGUACAAGCGUACACGGCACAGAAAGAGGAUCAUUUAGUUAGCAUGAUUUUUAUCCGUCAUCUGCAGUGGCAGCAUGGUGCUCCUUCGAGAACAGUCACAGCACAGGGACCCAGGACCACAGGCAGAAAUCAUGUUUUAGGGCAUUUAAGACAAAAAAUAUCUUUAUGCAAACGAUUGUGGGAGUCUGGAACCAGUGCCUGACAGAAGGGAUCCUUUAUGAAAGGGACAUCAAUCUGUUAGUAGCCAAGCAAGCAAGAUGGGCUGAAUCACUCUUAUCUGUAACCUUCGCCAGUGUUUUAAGUUGUCAAUAUCUGUUUUGAACUCUUGUGGUAGGAAGAUUUUCUUAUAGAUAUGUUAACCAUAGAUCUUUGCUUUAUUACUGAACCUGAAAUUAUUCCAUUUAAAACUCAAAAUCUUUCAUUAUAAUGUUGUUUUAUUAUGGGUUUUUGACUUAAAACCCUUGUGAAUAACAAGUACCUGCAUCCAGAGCAAAGAAAGCAAAAGGCUGUUAUGCUGCCCGUGAGCUGUGCCCAUGCCAUUUGAAUAUUAGUUGUAUUAAAGGCUGAAACCAUGUUCCCUCCUGUCUUUGUUCAGAUGGAUCUAACUAGGACUUGGCAAGCAUGCCAAUGCAAAGUCCAAGCUUAUUUCUCAAACUGGCAGUGCCAUUCCCAGGAAAGCCAGAACACAUUGACAGUCCGGUGCCGAGCUCUUCUCAAGGACUGGGAACUGGAGUGGACUCAGGUUUGGACAAUCCCAGGAAGCUCUCUUAUUUACCUUGCUGCUCCCUGGUACACUGUGUGACUGAGUGACCCGGGCUGUCCUGGCUUCUGUUUCACAGUUUAUAGCACAUAGCCCCAUCUUUUCUGUAAGCCAAUCUGAUGACUCUUUUGAAGCGUGAACUUUGAAGCCUCCUGUAGAAUAAACAGAUUUGUGUGACAUAUACAAUACUGUGCAUAAAUUUGGGGUUACUGCACUCUAAACUCUUAACUUAUUGCUGUGUUGUCAGACUUUUUAUUGAUGCAACACAAAUUUAGCAUAGUCAACAUAUUUCAGAAGGAAAUUUGCAGUAGUUCAGCAUCAAUAUUUUGCUUUCUGCUGUUCCAGAAGAAUGUUUCAUACCUUACCAUCAGAACAUUCAUGCUUUGAUUAAAUGCAGGAAAACGCAUUUAAAAUUAAUUGCCAUACUGCAUACGUUUUUACCAGGAAGUAGCAGUGCCUUUACUGACUCUCGGGGCACCAGUAUUUGCAAAACCCUUUUAUUUGCAACUGCUGAUUGUUGUUGUCAGUAUGAAUCAAUUUGCAGCCGGACUGGAUAAUAUCCAACUCCAGUGUACAGCAGAGUAUUUCUCAUUGAAUGACUAAUUAUAUAGCAACCUGCGUUUUUUUGCCUAUGGGAACAGUAUACGAAAGUCUGUGUUUAUCCAGUAAAGUAUAGGAUUUUCCAAUCUUCUGCAUUCAUGUGCAGACAUUGGAGCAGGUGCAUAGAUUCUCUUUGGGGUUUUUUGUCGAUAAGCAGAAUCUUAAUCUUUGCUUUUUAACGAUGAGCAAACUAAUGUCAAAGUGCGUUUUCAUUCUUCUCUAUAUUUGGGUCAUUGAAAUUGAGCAGAUUUUAAUAUUUAGAAAGGCACCAAUUGCUGGAGCACUUUGUAAAUGCACUUGAUUCCAGUCAUUUUUUCACUUGUGUCCGGAUGUAAAAAGAAGCAGACUGCAGAUCAGAUCCAUCUCCUUUUCUUCAGACUGGGCACUCAGUUGCUGGAAUGUGAAAGCUGAGCAAAGGAUACCUACCCCCCACGCCCUAGGAAUCUGGAAAAUAAUCUUGUCUUUUGCCCCCUUCCCCCAGGAAGAGACAUAUUAUCUUCCUUUAGCUAAAGGCCUGCUGUUGAACUCCUAUUCUUAGCUCAGUUGUGUCUCUUCUUGUCCUAUUUUCUUAUCUCUUUUUUUAUAUCUGAGCUUUCAGGUUGAAAGGUAAAUACUGUCUGAGUCCCAAGUGCAUGAUUUUCCGUGGAAAAAAAAAGAGCCCAUAGUUCAAAGAACUUUGCUUCCAGUAGCCAGAUGUCACAGGGUUGUCAUCGGUUCACCUUCCUAGAUCCAUCUAGUUUCUCAGUAGGGGUUAGGAAUGGGCUGCAAAAUCGCAGGGCUCUGAUUUCUAGGGUCUCAGUCUCUUCAAAAUCAUUACCCUGGUCAAACGUACUCUAAAAUCAAAAACCUCUCUUAAAUGCUGCUAUUGGGUACACUCAGUAGAAGAUAAAAACUUUUGAUCAGGUACAUGUUAGUCUGUUCCUGUUGCUUUGUGCUAAAUCAGUUGCAAAGAGCUCACUUGCUGUGGUUUUUUGUGAUGUGUAUUCUAUAGUUAGACAUUUAAGAUGAAAUAUGCAGCUAAUGACUAAUAGUCUGUUACUGAUUUCUGAUUGUAAAUGAGAAGACCCCUUAGCUACAUAAUCAAGGUGUUUAAAGGUAGAAAAGUCUGUAUUUAAACCUCCCUCGCUGGGUAAGGGAUGUAACGUACUUUCUGCACCUUAAAAAAAUGUGGGUUUCCCUGAGCUUUCAAUGCGACCGAGAAAUAUUAAAGUUGAAGACUGUGGCUUCCCUCUUCUUUCCUUUCACUACAUUUUUUUUCUCCUUUACCUUUGUUUUUUUUUCACACCUCUCUUUUCCUUGUUUCUUUCUCUUCCUCCCUGUUUUUCUCUCAUUGUUGGAUUUAUACACUUUGUUUAGGUACCAAGUCUGUGUUACCUUGAUGAUUGUUCACAUUUGUUCAUUAUUGUGUAUGGUACCACGUAAUAUUCUGUUUCCCCUGAAAACCCAAUAAACAAAUUGAACUUCACAUUUA